AUGUUGCAGGGGAGAGCAGAGCAGAGCAGAAGAGAGCAGCAGACUCCUUCCCAGUGCACAGCCAUGGCCACUACCACAACCUUAUCCCUCCGCGCGCUCCCCUCCCCGACCGCCAAGAAGCUCACCUCCUCCUUCCUCGGCGCCCCCUCCUCCUUCCUCCGGCCGGCGGCGCUCGCGGCCACGGCCACCCCCGCGCGGAGGGUGUUCGCUGUCAGGGCCAUGGCGCCUCCCAAGCCCGGGGGCAAGCCCAAGAAAGUCGUGGGCAUCAUAAAGCUGGCCUUGGAGGCCGGCAAGGCGACGCCGGCGCCGCCCGUCGGCCCGGCGCUCGGUGCCAAGGGUGUGAACAUUAUGGCCUUCUGCAAGGAUUACAAUGCCAAGACCGCUGACAAGCCCGGCUACAUUAUCCCCGUCGAGAUCACCGUGUUCGAUGAUAAGAGCUUCACCUUUAUCCUGAAGACGCCCCCUGCCUCGGUACUGCUCCUCAAGGCUGCAGGCGUUGAAAAAGGUUCAAAGGAGCCACAGCGCGAGAAGGUUGGAAAAGUAACAGUGGAGCAAGUACGUGUAAUUGCUCAGGAGAAGUUGCCGGAUUUGAACUGCAAAACCAUCGAGUCGGCGAUGAGAAUCAUAGCGGGCACUGCCGCUAACAUGGGCAUCGAUGUUGACCCACCAAUCCUAGUGAAGAAGGAAAAGGUGGUCUUCUAAUCUGUUUACCGGCACGGAGAAAGCACCCUAGCUAUGUCCAUCUGUACAUUUUGCUUCCUUUUUGUUGGCAAAACCUCUAGUGCUCGGGAUUUUGCCCUGGUCGUUUGAGAGCAAACAGUAAAGAUCCUCUUCUUGCCAAGCUGUAAUCAUUUGCUUCGAUAUUGUAGUUGCUCUCCCGCUGCAGGCCUGCAGCUAUAUUUUUUGCCCUAGAAGUUCUAUCAUUCUGAAAACCUUA